AUGGAUAAUGAAGAGAGCCCUACUUCAAACACUUCAUCAAAUGCAUUAAGUAUUCUUUCACUUCCAUUGGCUGAAGCCAUUAGACCAAGAUCUCUAGAUGAAUAUAUUGGCCAGAAACAUCUUAUAGAUCCGGACAAUGGAGCCAUCACCAACUUCAUGAGACUAAGAUACUUACCUUCAAUGCUACUAUAUGGACCUCCAGGAGUUGGAAAGACCACCAUGGCGUCAAUUAUUGCAGAAGAGUGUGGCUAUGUAUUUGUAGAGUUAUCAGCUACUGCUGCGACUGUUGCUGAUCUUCGAGAUUUGCUGACUACAAUCAUGGCAGAAAAUAGGAAACGUGCAAGCCGGGGAGAAGAAGAAUUGAAAGUAGUGGUAUUCAUUGACGAAAUCCACAGAUUCACCGUAUCCCAACAGGAUUUCUUAUUGCCUUAUGUAGAGGAAGGAAACUUUGUCUUCAUUGGAGCAACUACAAUUGAUCCAAGAAAGAGAAUACGACGAGCCAUCUUAUCGCGGGUACAGUGCUUCAGCUUGAAUACUCUCAAUAAUAAUGAAGUUCUUGAAGUUUUGAAGCGUGCAAUGCGUUUUGAGAACAUCCGAAGAAAAGCUGUUCAUGGUCUUCGUUGCAUUGACCUCGACGACCAAAGUCUUUCUUUGAUCAUAAAGACUGCUGGCGGAGACACGAGAAAGGCUAUAAACUUGAUAGAGUUGCUAAACACAAAGUAUACAGAUAGUCCUUACAAGGAGGGUGACAAUGACGUACCCAUCGUCAUGGACUUUUUGACUCUCAAAAAGAACAUUAGGGACAUGAGAUAUUGUCAGUCUGGUCUUCAAGAUCCACGAAAUAUAUCCUUACUUCUAAACAUGUUUGAUACAAUGAGACAGCUUCCGAAUAGAAGAGAGGUUUUACCCUGUUCACAUGAGAAAAUAGAUGAACUGGAACCUUCUGAAUCGAAUUCGUUCUCAGAAAGAAUGACUUCUGAUUUGGAAAAUAAAUUAUACAAUGAGAAAGAAGCUGAAAAUGACGAUUUUUUUUUCAAGGAACAGUUUAAGACAUCGAAAUUCGACCCAUGUGAUACAAAUCUAAAUUACUUAGAACAAAUGCAAGUAUCGGACGACAGCGAUGUCGAAAGUGCCCCACUUUACAGUGACACGGAAGAUGAAACACCCCUUCUUAACCCCGUCCUAUCAUCAAUAGAAGAGUUCAGUAUUCUCUCAUCAGUAUAUAGUAUGGAGUUGCUUUUGAAGAGAGGGGAAUCCCCGAUCUUUAUCUGUAAGCAAUUGCUUUUAUUCUCGGUAUUAUUCUUGGACUGCGAUGUUCUUACGAUUAGGAAAGCCUUGUCCUUUUGGAAAUCGCUCAAGAGUACCAAUUUAGAUACACAUAUGCUUUUGGCUAAUUUUGUUGAGUGGCUCACCAGACAUUCAAAAUUGAAGUCGAAUGCAGAUAACGAUCUCAUCAAACAGAUGAGACUAUCCAAAAGAUAUCUAACAAGACGAAACUAUCAGUGCCAGAGCCCACAUAGUGUUAACAUUGAAUUCGAUAUUUCGUAUGAUGAUGAGCUUGUCAAAUCUCUUGAAACAGAUAUAAUGACCAUGGAUAUGAAUGCGAGCCAGAAUGCUGGCUUCGUAAUUUCUAGCAUGGAUGAAUUCACUUAUGAGGACGAUUUCUGUCUUGGUGAAUAUUUUGAAAAUGAAAUGACAAAUGAAACCAAGCAAACAAAGGUUACCAAGAAACGCUCUUCCUUUCUUCGUCAACAUAUCCAAUUCUGGAGGAACAACUGUGCCAUACUUUUCCUGGAAAUUGGAAGAUUUGCCGUUAAUCUACUCGUCUAUGAAAUCAUUCUCCUAUUUGAAAUUAACGAUGGGAUUGCCUUUGUAGUUAGAGGACUCUUAUCUGGAGUUUUGUACUUCAUCGAAUUCAUUAUCGUAAUGAAUAUAUUGUUGUUCUCAGAGAUUCACGAUUUAUUCUGGAACAAGAAGAAAGUACUAUCCACAGCUACAAUCAAUGCCGCUUCCAACCAAGAGAAUAGCCCACAGUAUUCUUCUGCAAUUCAAAUACAACGCUCAUCAGUUGAUCUCACUCCACACUCUUCUUUUAUCCCCGAAGAAAGGGUAGAACAACAAAAGAGUGCAACUAUGGAAUCUAUGGAAUACUCCAAAAUCAAGACCGAUUUUGCCCAAUUUAAAGAAAAUGUAUACAACCAAGUUGUAAAGGGCAAAGGACGACUAGCUUCUCUCGAAGAUUUGCAAGAUACAAGAAGUGAAAUUGAUCCUAUUGAGAGUACAGCAGACCUUUCUUUGGAUAAUAUCAAGAAACCUCUGCUGAGAACUUCGUCCAUGUUCAAGUUUCACAGACACAGAUAA